AUGGCACCAAGGACUCGAGGCCAAACAGCAAGGGAGAACUCCCCCGAAAAGGCUGCUGCCACUCCCGCAAAGGCACCUCGUGCAACCAAGGCUGCGGCCAAGAAGAACACCCCCAGGAAGACUGCUUUGAAGAGGGCGGCUGAGAUUGUAGAGACUGAGCAGGUGGAGGUUGAGAGCACGGUUCAGACACCCUUGAAGGAGUCAUCGACAGAAUCCUCCGUCUCGAUCAGGAGUACCAAGCACGUCGAGAUCGAGAUCCCUAUCCCAACAUCGGCCGCCAAGACACAGGACCCUGAUACAACAAUGGAAGGAGAAUCGCAACUAUUCCAGACCCCAACCGAGCAGCCGCGGGGAAAGCACAUCACAUUUGACGAAAGCGAGCAGGAGGAGUUUGUCACGCCAAGAGAGGCGCCGGCUGUCAACCCGUUGGAAGAGAGCUUGAAGGCGAAGAAGGAAGAGCAGAAGCAAAGUGAGGAGGAUUCGGAAGAGGAGGACAGUGACGACGAAGCUCCUGAGGCGGUCUCUACUAAUGCGGCUCAGGCCAAAUCUUUGGAGGCUGAGAAGGCUGCCCAACGGGCCGCCGAGCAGAAAGCUGCUGCGGAGAAGAAGAGACGCCAAGAGCGCGAUGCCAUCCUCAAGGAGCAAGCAAAGUCCAAGAAGCGCGCCGCCAAGAAGGUUGAGCAACCGAGUGAGGACGAAGCCGAGUCAGAGGCUGAGGAGGAUGCUGCGGCGGCAUUGCCCGAGAAGAGGAAGCGGGAGAUCCCGAAGCUGCUUCCCCUUGAGCUUUUGGAGUCUGACGAUGAAGACGACGAGGCUCCUCAGAGGUCAGAUUCAGCCGAUGGAGCUAAGAGGAGAAAGGUGGUUCGUGAAGCCAAGGGUCCCAAGGACGAGAAGGUCGGUUCGACAGUGUUCAGAGUUGUGCCGAACAACACAAACCAGAGCCUGGCGCCCAAGGUGAAGAGGCAAGCGUUGAACCUCAAGGAGACCCUCCUGCUCCGAAACAGGAAGCCGCAAGUGAAGAGCGGGUUCUUUAGGCGGUAA